AUGCUCAUUGCCCAAGAAGCUGGUGCAAUGACACUUGGUAGAGGUAAGUAUGAUCCCGAAAAAUUUCGUGAGUUAGUUGUCAUGCAUGAUCUACCUUUUAGUUUUGUUGAAUAUGCGGGAAUAAGGUCUCUAUUUCAGUACUUGCACCCUCAAAUUCAAUUGGACUCUAGAAAUACUGCAAAGGCUUACGCUUUAAAGUUUUACAAGAAGGAAAAGCUUCGAAUUAAAUGCAUGUUAGAGGCUACUCUAGGUAGAAUUAGCUUUACUUCUUAUGCAUGGAGUUCUUUGACUAGUGAUGGAUAUGUGUUUAGUGUGACAUUAGAUAAUGCUUCUGUGAAUGGGGUUUCUGUUGACAUGUUAAGAGAGCAACUAGUUGUGAAAGGGGUUCUUGUACACAAUGGCAAUCUAUUUCCCAUGCGAUGUUGUGCACAAAUACUAAAUUUAGUUGUUCAAGAGGGUUUGAAGCAGAUUGAUGAUUCUAUUGUUAAGAUCCGUGAUAGUGUCAAAUAUGUCAAGGGACCCCAAGUGAGGAAGCAAAAGUGGAACUCGACAUAUCUUAUGCUUGAAAGUGCUCUUUACUAUCGCCGUGUAUUUCAACAUUUAGAGUUGAGUGAUUCAAACUACAAGCAUUGUCCUUCUAGUGCCGAGUGGGAUAAAGUUGAAAAGAUUAAAACUUUUUUGAAGUUGUUCUAUGAUGCAACUCUUAAAUUUUCUAGAACAAAGUAUCCCACUGCCAACUUGUACUUCCCUUCCAUUUGGCAUUGUUGCUUCAUGUUGAAACAAUAUUCAGAAGGUGAUGAUGAGUACUUAAAGUAUAUGGCAACAGCAAUGUGGGGCAAGUUUCAAAAGUAUAGGUCUCAAUUCCAUCUUACCUUGGCUUUAGCAUGUGUUCUAGAUCCUCGUUUUAAGCUUGGGCUUGUUGAGUUCAGUUACAAAAAGCUUUAUGGAGAUGAUUGUCUUGAAUGCAUAUCAAUGAGGAAAUUUGAUGAGAUGUCUUCAGUUGAGUCUACUACCGCAUCACAGAAAUCAGAGCUUGACCUUUAUUUGGAUGAGCCAAGACUGGCUAGGACCGCGGAGCUUGAUAUCCUUUCCUUUUGGAAAUCAAACCAAUUUCGAUAUCCAGCACUAGUUUCUAUGGCUUGUGAUAUAUUGGCUAUCCCUGUUUCAACAGUUGCUUUUGAAGCUACAUUUAGUGUUGGUAGUGAGUUCUUAAUUCAUUUCGUAGCUCACUUAAACCGAAGAUAG